AUGGUCAAAAUCGACCAAAAAGCCGUCCUCAUCGUCAUUGACGGCUGGGGAGUCCCCUCCGAGUCCUCCCGCCCCGAUGGCGAUGCUAUCGCUGCAGCUGAGACCCCGGUGAUGGAUGGCUUUGCAAAGGACGGCUCGGAGACCGCUCAAGGCUACACCGAGCUCGAAGCCUCCUCUCUGGCUGUAGGUCUCCCCGAGGGUCUCAUGGGCAACUCAGAGGUCGGUCACUUGAACAUUGGUGCUGGGCGCGUAGUCUGGCAAGAUGUUGUCCGCAUAGACCAGACAGUGAAAAAAGGUGAGAUGAACAAGAACGAGAUCAUCAAGAAGGCCUUCCAGCGUGCUAUUGAUGGUAAUGGGCGCUUGCACCUCCUUGGCCUCAUCAGUGAUGGUGGUGUCCACAGCAAGAACGAGCAUCUGUAUGCCCUGCUGCAAGUCGCCGCAGAGAUGAAGGUCCCGCAGGUCUUCAUCCAUUUCUUCGGUGACGGUCGCGAUACCGACCCCAAGAGCGCCGCCAAAUACAUGGAGCAGCUGCUUGCAAAGACAACGGAAAUCGGCAAAGGCGAGAUUGCUACCGUGGUUGGACGUUACUAUAUCAUGGAUCGCGAUAAGCGAUGGGAGCGUGUGACAGUUGGUAUGGACGGUGUCGUUCACGGCAAGGGCGAGGACAGCGAUGACCCACUCGCCACUAUCAAGCAGCGCUACGAGAAGGGAGAGACCGACGAGUUCCUAAAGCCCAUCAUCGUUGGUGGCAAGGACCGUCGCGUGCAGGAUGGAGAUACGCUCUUCUUCUUCAACUACCGUUCCGACCGCGUCCGCGAAAUCACCCAAUUGCUUGGCGACUACGAUCGCUCCCCAACCCCAGACUAUGCGUAUCCCAAGGACAUCGAGAUCUUCACCAUGACCAAAUACAAAACCGACUACCCCUUCGAGAUAGCCUUCGAGCCGCAGCGAAUGAAUGACGUUCUAGCCGAGUGGCUAGCGAAGCAGGGUGUCAAGCAAUGUCACAUUGCCGAGACCGAGAAGUACGCCCACGUUACCUUUUUCUUCAACGGUGGUGUCGAGAAGCAAUUUGAGAACGAAGACCGCGAACUCAUACCCUCGCCAAAAGUCGCAACCUACGAUCUCGAACCCCCAAUGUCGGCGCAGCUGGUAGCUGACAAGCUGUCCGAGCGCAUCGCAGACAACAAGCACGAGUUCCUGAUGAACAAUUUCGCACCACCGGACAUGGUUGGACACACUGGCGUGUAUAAGGCCGCUAUUCAGGGUGUGGCCGCUACUGACAAAGCCAUUGGUUCUGUGUAUGAGACAUGCAAAAAGGAGGGCUACGUGCUGUUCGUGACUGCGGAUCAUGGCAACGCGGAGGAGAUGCUAGACGAGAAGGGCGACCCCAAGACGAGCCACACGACCAACAAGGUGCCUUUCGUAAUGGCAAACGCGCCCGAGGGCUGGAGCCUGAAGAAGACGGACGGCGUGCUGGGAGAUGUGGCGCCCACGGUACUGGACUGCAUGGGCAUCGAGAAACCAAAAGACAUGGGAGGGCAUUCGCUGCUAGUGCGGAAGUAA